GCACUAUAAUGGCCUUUCUGUUCUUCUCACCUUUGUUUUACUCUCUGGUUUUAUAGAGGAGGAUAAAAAAAGUAAUUGUGCUGCGGGUGGAAAUAUUUAUACUUCCUUUUUUUAGCGUUUUCGAUAAAGAAAAUGCCGGGAGAAAGAAACGAUGUAGGGAUUUCGAGCUCAUUGCUAGAAUCCGAUUGAGAAAGUUAGGGUUUCGUUGUUAGGGUUUUUAUUUGGUGGAAACCAUGUCGCAAACCAACUGGGAAGCAGAUAAGAUGCUUGAUGUCUACAUUUAUGAUUAUUUUAUGAAGAGGAACUUGCAUUCAACUGCAAAGGCUUUUCAAGCUGAGGGAAAGGUUUCCUCAGAUCCUGUUGCAAUUGACGCUCCUGGUGGUUUCCUAUUUGAAUGGUGGUCUGUCUUCUGGGAUAUUUUCAUUGCAAGGACAAAUGAGAAACAUUCUGAUGUUGCUGCAUCAUAUAUAGAGACUCAAUUUGCUAAAGCACGUGAGCAACAGCAGCAACCCCAUCAGCCACAGCAAUUGCUACAGCAACAGCAGCAACAAAUGCAACAACUUUUGUUACAAAGGCAAGCGCAGCAGCAGCAGCAGCAACAACAACAACAGCCGCAACGUAGGGAUGGUGCUCAUCUUGUAAAUGGCAAUGCAAAUGGGCUUGUUGGUAAUGAAUCCUUAAUCCGGCAGAAUCCUGGUGCAAAUGCUAUGGCAACAAAGCUGUAUGAGGAACGACUUAAAAUGCCACUUCAGAGGGAUUCUUUAGAGGAAGCAUCCAUAAAGAGAUUUGGUGAUAAUGUGGGUCAGCUUUUAGAUCAAAAUCAUGCUUCUUUACUGAAACCUGCUACAUCGUCUGGACAGGGUUCAGGGCAAAUUAUAUCUGGUUCAGCUGGUGGUUUGCCAGGAAGUUUGCAGCAAGUCCAGUCUAAAAACCUACAGCUCCCAGGAUCAACACAGGACAUCAAAACAGAGAUGAACUCUUCGCUGAAUUCCAGAGUUGCUGGACCUGAUGGAUCGUUUACUGGAGCACCGGGCUCAAAUCCAGCUGGGAGCAAUUUAACUUUGAAGGGCUGGCCUCUCACAGGCCUUGAUCAACUAAGAUUGCAACAACAAAAAUCACUUAUGCAGUCACCCCAACCAUUUAAUCAGCUUCAGCUCUUGAGCACACAGCAUCAACAGUUAAUCCUACAAUCACAACCAAAUCUUGCUUCUCCUUCUGCAGUAGACAUUGAUACCAGGAAGCUAAGAAUGCUUCUGAAUAAUAGGAACAUUAUUCCUGGUCGGGAGUCCCAACCAAAUACUGUUGGAGAUUUCAUUGCCAAUGUUGGAUCAGCGGUACCAACUGGCUGUCCUGUUAUUCCUCGUGCAGAUGCAGAUAUGCUAAUUAAGAAAAUAGCUCAAUUGCAGCAGCAGCAAAACCAUAAUCAGCAGCAGCAGGUUCAGCAGCUCCCUAUUUCAAGCCAACAGUCACAAAACUCAAAUACGCACCUCCAUCAACAAGAUAAGAUGGGUGCUACAAGUGUGACUAUGGAUGGCAACAUAUCAAACUCUUUGCGAGGAAAUGACCAGGCUUCAAGAAAUCCGAGCAUUCGGAAAAGGAAGCAACCUGGAUCAUCUUCAGGUCCAGCCAAUAGUUCAGGAACAGCAAAUACUGCUGGACCUUCUCCGAGUUCCGCACCAUCAACACCCUCUACUCAUACACCUGGGGAUGUGAUAUCCAUGCCUUCGUUGCAGCAUAGUGGAAACUCAUCUAAGCCUUUGCUUGUUUUUGGCUCAGAUGGGACUGGUACUUUGACAUCUACAAACCAGUUGGCUGAUAUUGAUCGCUUUGUUGAAGAUGGUUCUUUAGAUGACAAUGUUGAGUCGUUUUUGUCCCAUGAUGAUGCUGAUCCAAGAGAUACAGUUGGUCGUAGUAUGGAUGUCAGCAAAGGUUUUACAUUUACGGAAAUUGGAAUUGCUCGUGCGAGCACAAACAAAGUCAUAUGCUGUCAUUUCUCAUCAGAUGGAAAACUCUUGGCAACUGGUGGUCAUGAUAAGAAGACAGUACUUUGGUACACGGAUACUUUGAAGACCAAAUCGUCUUUGGAAGAGCACAACUUACUGGUAACGGAUGUUCGUUUCAGCCCAAACAUUCCCCGUCUUGCCACAUCAUCCUUUGACAAAACAGUGAGAGUUUGGGAUGUUGACAAUCCUGGCUAUUCGUUGCGUACUUUCACUGGACAUUCCGCAUCUGUUAUGUCUUUGGACUUCCACCCGACUAAAGAUGACCUUAUAUGCUCGUGCGAUGGUGAUGGGGAAAUCCGUUAUUGGAGUAUCAAUAAUGGAAACUAUACUCGCGUUUUCAAGGGUGGCACCACUCAAAUGCGGUUUCAGCCUCAUUUGGGUAGAUAUCUUGCAGCAGCCAGUGAGAAUAAAGUUUCCAUAUUUGAUGUAGAGACACAGGCUUGCCGGCAUUCAUUACAGGGACAUACAAUGCAUGUUGAUUCUGUUUGCUGGGAUCCUACUGGUGAGUAUCUGGCUUCUGUAAGUGAAGACUCCGUCAGGGUAUGGUCACUUGGCUCAGGAAGUGAGGUAGAAUGUGCUCAUGAGCUGAGCUGCAGUGGAAAUAAGUUCCAUUCUUGUGUAUUCCAUCCUACCUUUCCAAGAUUGCUUGUUAUUGGUUGUUAUCAGUCUCUGGAGCUCUGGGAUAUGCAGCAGAGCAAUACCAUGACCCUUGCUGCACAUGAAGGUCUGAUUGCCGCUUUGGCAGUUUCAAAUGUUAAUGGGUUGGUAGCUUCAGCAAGUCAUGACAAAUUUAUCAAACUGUGGAAGUGAAAAUGCCAUAUCUUCGAGGGAGAACUGUUGCUGCAUCCCCGCACCGGUUCUUUUCUUGGCUUUGUUCUGUUUGAGGCAGUACAAUUUAGUGGCCUCAACCCCUAGUUUUUAUAGCUAAUUCUAACCCUCUGACGCAUGGUUCCUGGACAUUACAAUGAGAUACAACUUUGCCUUUGCUGCUGCUGCUGUUCUUGCUCUAUUUUGCUUUAUGUAAGACUAGCUUUUACCCCUUGGUAGCUGCAGGCUGUUCAAAGCAGGCAAAGCCUUUACUUAGCAUUUUGUAUAUACUUCUGUUAUCCUCAAAACUAUUUAUUCUUUUCUUUUUCGUAAGAAUUGGCUUAAGAUUUUCUUUUUACAAAUAUCUGAGUUACUGCGCUAUUAUUUUUAAUUUUGAAAUGCUAAAUUUGUAAUGGAAGUUCCAUAAUCCCAGUACUGGUCUUAAAUUUAGAGGGCCAA